UUGGGUUUUAUACCCUAAUUUUUUUUAAAGUUGUGUCCUCCAUCAGCAAGGUUGUUGAAAUAUCUCUACCCUGCUUCACACCUAGUAAUGCUGUUGUUCAGUCAUUCAGUCCUGUCCAACUCUUUGCAAUCCCAUGGACUGUAACCCACCAAGCUCCUCUGUCCAUGGGUUUUCCCAGGCAAGAAUAUUGGAGUGUGUUGCCAUUUCCUUUUCCAAGGGAUCUUCCCCACCCAAGGAUGGAACUUUCGACUCCCAUUGGCAGGCAGGUUCUCUACCACUGAGCCAUCUGGGAAGCCCUUGUACCUAGCAAUACUUGUUUACAUUUAUGACAUAUCAGUUUACUAUUUUGUUGAUUGUUUACAAGAGUGAGCAACAAUUUGCCGAUUAAUCUUGAUUAAGAAGGAUAUGAAAAACAUGAUGUUGUAUUUCUCGUGGGGAGAAGGAGCUAAGAAGGAACUCUGGAGUAAGAGGUAGAAUUGUUUUUUUCUUUGAAGUCGAUUAGAUAUAGAAUGCUACUUGUUACCUACUUUCAAAAACCCCCCUGGAAACUUGUAAUUUGAUCCAGAGGGCUCAGCAGGAGGAGAGACAGGUAAAAGGAAAAGUUGACCUCAUUCUUCAGUCCUUUCAGAAAUUCUGAGAAAUGUGUGUAUCUCAACACUCCGUUCUUUAGUCCCACAAAACAGGGAAUCAGGAAAAUGCAUUAGCACCCUAGUACAGAUUAGGAGCACCGGGCGGAGAGGAGGCUCAACACCAGCAAGCCAGAAGGAAACUGGGGGAGGGGAGAGAGAAUCUCCCGAGUCGGAGACGGCAGUGCGGCCGUGGGAAGACAGGGAAGUGGGGAAAUGUACUUCAGGCGUCAGCCAGACACUCGGCCUCCAGGCAUGUGGGAAGGCGAGGGAGGAGGGAAGAAGGCUCUGCACCAAGUCGAGAUCGCCGGAGCUCCCGCCACUGCUUCCGAGGGAAGAUAUAGAGAGCUAGAGCUUUCUGCUUCCCCCUCUUCUCUCCUGGAGGCCAUUUCUCCACAUUUAACCGGGAUAAAAUGGGGGCACCGCGCCGAGUCAGAGCAAGCCAGGAUCGCCAUCCCCCAACUGCCGACCCUGCUUCGGCCCCCGGCCCAGGCGGGGCGAACUGGCCUUAGGGGACGCUGAAGUUACUCGGAGAAAGAGGGAGGGUUCGCCAAGCUGCUCUCCAAUCGCCUUGGCAGCUCCAGUUAUUUGCAUCUAUUAUGCUAAUGAAAGACCUCCGGCUCCGCUCCCACCCGAGCGGCCCGCCCCUCCGGGGCUCUCCCCGGUCCCGCCCACGGGCUGGGCGAAGGUGAAUAUAUUAUGCUAAUAAGGCGGGCCUCUGCCAGCCUCGGGAAGGGGGGCGCACUGCCACGGGAGCCGCGGGCUGGAGGCCGCUCGCCGAGAGUGGGUCGGGGGAGGGACGCCGCUCGUCGGAGCGCGCGCGCGCUCAUACACGAGCAUCCCGAAGGGUAUUUAAGGCUCGUACACGCCGGGCUGCGGAGAUACUUCGGGCGGCCGCGACUCGGGCCUCGCGACUCGCGUUUUCUCCUUGGGUAUUUCUUUCUCCUCUCUGCUCUUCCCCACUUGGCCACCCUUUUUGCACUGCGCUCUCGUGGUCUGUGUCAGCCUUUUUGCCUGGAACUGAAUCUAGGUGGGAAACGGAGAUAAAACACCGAAUAGGUAGAAAUAAGGGAAACUAACAGAGGCGCAACAGGUCCGGUGCUCUGUGGCAAGGGUCAGCGGCGGCCCCUCGCAGCGCCUCUGCCGCUGUCCCCUGGACCCCGCGCGGCCGCUCUCUUCAGAGGAGGUCCCCGUCCUCGGAGGAGCCAGGAGGGACACCGGGGGGUGGGUUUCAUUCUGGAUUUUACCUUAUCGCCAUCGGUCCGCGGACUGAGGGUGCUUUCCCCUCGCAGCUGGGAGGGGAGAAGAAAGCGGAGGAUGGUCCAGGUCUGCGGUUCUCGGCGCUGAUCCAUCCUUGCGCUCCGGCUCCGACUCCGCCAACUAGUUGUGCAGCUAUCGGACGAACUUUGCAGGAAUCAUCCUUUUUCUUUUAAGAUUAUUGGAAGUGCUAGAGGGUGGGAGGCGAAGCCGAGACAGCCGACCCCGCCACAAUGCUGGUGAAGAAGCAAGCAGGGAAAGGAGGGGGGCGGGAGCCGGGCUCAGAGGACCGGAGCCCAGCCGGGCAGCGUUGUGCCCGCCCCGUGUCGCCGUGCGCGGCCCUGGCGACCCUCCUGUCGGUGGUGGCCGUGAUGUCUUGUCUGUACCUGGGGGUGAAAACCAACGACCUCCAGGCGAGGAUCGCUGCCCUCGAGUCUGCCAAAGGAGACCCUUCCAUCCGUCUGCUGCCUGAUUGUGUGGAUCAGCUCAAAGCAAUGGUGCAAGAGAAAGUGGAGCGACUUCUGGCUCAGAAGUCCUAUGAACAUAUGGCUAAAAUAAGAAUCGCGAGAGAAGCACCUUCAGAAUGCAAUUGCCCGGCAGGUCCUCCAGGGAAACGAGGUAAGAGGGGCCGAAGAGGAGAAUCUGGUCCUCCUGGUCAGCCUGGUCCUCAGGGCCCUCCUGGUCCAAAAGGUGAUAAGGGAGAACAAGGUGAUCAGGGACCUCGGAUGGUGUUUCCUAAAAUCAAUCAUGGGUUUCUCUCUGCUGAUCAGCAGCUCAUUAAACGCCGCCUGAUUAAGGGUGACCAAGGUCAGGCUGGGCCGCCAGGCCCUCCAGGCCCACCGGGCCCAAGAGGGCCGCCUGGGGACACAGGGAAGGAUGGCCCUCGCGGAAUGCCAGGCAUGCCCGGUGAACCAGGGAAACCAGGAGAACAAGGCUUGAUGGGUCCUCUGGGACCUCCAGGACAAAAGGGUUCUGUUGGAGUACCUGGAAUUCCAGGGAUGAAUGGACAAAAGGGUGAACCCGGGUUACCUGGAGCAGUAGGACAGAAUGGAAUACCAGGGCUAAAGGGAGAACCUGGAGAACAAGGAGUAAAGGGAGAUGCUGGAGAGAAUGGCCCCAAAGGUGACACAGGCGAAAAGGGUGACCCAGGAUCAUCUGCUGCAGGAAUUAAGGGAGAACCCGGAGAAUCUGGUCGUCCAGGGCAAAAGGGUGAACCAGGGCUUCCUGGGCUUCCUGGACUUCCGGGGAUAAAGGGAGAACCAGGUUUCAUUGGUCCUCAGGGAGAACCAGGCUUACCAGGGUUACCAGGAACCAAGGGUGAACGUGGGGAGGCAGGGCCUCCUGGACGAGGGGAUCGAGGGGAGCCCGGAGCCCCUGGACCGAAGGGCAAACAAGGUGAAUCAGGAACUAGAGGCCCGAAAGGGUCAAAGGGCGAUCGUGGAGACAAGGGGGACUCUGGAGCCCUGGGACCAAGGGGUCCACCUGGUCAAAAGGGAGAUCCAGGAGCCACCGAGAUCAUAGACUACAAUGGCAACCUCCACGAAGCCUUGCAGAGGAUUACCACCUUAACAGUCACGGGUCCCCCUGGACCACCUGGACCUCAAGGACUACAAGGGCCAAAGGGAGAACCAGGAUCUCCAGGAGUCCCAGGAGUUGAUGGAGAGCAGGGACUCAAAGGCUCAAAGGGAGACAUGGGGGACCCAGGUAUGCCAGGUGAAAAAGGAGGAAUUGGACUUCCUGGACUACCGGGUGCCAAUGGAAUGAAAGGAGAAAAAGGAGACUCGGGAUUGCCAGGUCCUCAGGGCCCUUCUGUCAUAGGCCCACCAGGCCCACCAGGUCCCCAUGGCCCACCAGGCCCCAUGGGACCCCAUGGACUUCCUGGACCAAAGGGAGCAUCUGGCUUAGACGGAAAGCCAGGAUCCCGGGGUACAGAUGGCCCUAUGGGACCCCAUGGCCCUGCAGGUCCCAAAGGAGAAAGAGGUGAAAAAGGAGCUACGGGAGAGCCGGGACCCCGAGGGCCGUAUGGUCUGCCCGGGAAAGAUGGAGAGCCUGGUCUUGAUGGUUUCCCUGGUCCGCGAGGCGAGAAGGGUGACCUGGGAGAAAAGGGGGAAAAGGUGACCUCUCCAACCUAGCAUGUGCCUGCUUGAUUUUUCUGCUUCUGUCUGCUUUGCUGUUCAAGCUGUGUGAUUCUUUCUUACAUCUCAUCUUUCUCCAUCCUGUGCUCCAAAAAGACACUGAUGUCUGAUCUAAUGAACCAGGUCUUCACAGAGGAAUAAAGAAGGCUACACUGAAAGAAAUAAGGGCACUCAAUGUUAGUGUAAAAGAAAAGAAUUAUAAUCCCCCGAAAAUCAGGCUACAAUUUUUUGGACUACCUGACACCAAUUAGUUGAAAAACUGAAGUUUCCAGGAGGUGUCAAAAAUGAGAGGGGUAGGCAUUUAUUACAUUAAUAAUAUUAAAUAGCACAAAUCUGCAGCAGUCUUCUGGCAGAGCUCACCUAAGCCUAUAAAGCCAGCACCUCAUUUAUCUCCACAACAUUCCCGGUAGAGACAGGAUAUGUCCUGUAUCUUGAUUUUUUUAGUUGGAAAGUGGAAGACAAGCAUUGUUUCUGAGACCAUUACACAGGGACCAGGACUUGUUGCCUUCAAACACCGCAGACAUUUUAAAUGAAGAUAUUAGUGUAUUUUAUGAGACUGGUUUUUAGGUUCUAUCUCAAGAUAGAUA